AUGACAGCUACGAUACCUACCCACAUAAUUGCCGGUGUCAAGAUUUACAACAAAAGAGAAGUUUACCACCAGAUUUCUACUGUAACUGUCAAUAACACGAGUUCUGUUGUUCUCAAUGGCUUGUAUGUACUCACAGCGGUGUCGCCAGUGGAAGGAGUCUCGGACGGAAGAUCGAAUCUGGCGAGAUACGAAGGUGGCGCGAGGAUGACAAGAGGCUACAAAUUGAGUGGAAACGCUUCAAAGCCUCGAACACUCUUUGAAGUCACCGCUCUCCUCAAGUGGCUCAACGCUUUUAUUGUUUUCACCCUCAUAAUGUCACAUUAAUUUUUGAUCCCCACCCCU